GGGCCUGGGAAAGGAGGGGGGCGGGGAUGUAGGCGGCCUAGGCCGAGUCAGUAGUAAAUAAAGCCAAAGCCACUGGCCGGCUUUGGCUCUAGUUCUCGCGCUGAGAUUCCAGUCACGCGCUCUCUGCUUUCGGUCUUCACCCCAGUCUCGAACAGCCUGGGUGAUGGCACAAGAGCAAGAACCACAUAAUGAAGAACCUCCAAAUAUUAAGAUCAUAAAAGAAGCAUACAAGCAGGCCUUUGUAUUUGUUAAUAAAGGACUGAAUGCAGACGAAAUGGGGCAAAAGGAAAAAGCAAAGGAUUACUACAGUAAAGGAAGAGAACAUCUACUCCAAGGAGUCAGGAUUUCAGCUUCUGGGCCUGAAUGCACAGGUUCUGAUUGGGAAUCUGCUAGACAGAUGCAACAGAAGAUGCAAGAAACAUUGAAAAAUGUCAAUACUAGGUUGGGAAUCCUGGAGCAAAAUCCUUCCUCUUUUGUUCCAAGUAAUCUUCACGAAGAGUCCCAGUUAUCUGCUGUGUUGCCCCCUAAUGGAAAGCCAGAAAAGCCUUGUCUGCCUCCAUCUUUGAUUUCACCAUCUGUACAAACGGAAGUUAAUGGGAAUUCUCCCUCCACAAGCAUGGAGCAGCCUUCUGUGGUUAGUCCUGUAUCUUUGGAAGCACCACCUGCUUAUACACCCUGUGCUGCAGAUGGGCACUAUACUCUCUCCUAUGGAACAGAAUCUGGGGAAUUUUCAUCUGUAGGUGAUGACUACUAUGCAAUUUCUACUCGCCCACCUCCUCUUGAGACUCUAGGAGUAGAUGUAGAAGAGUUAAUUUUAAUACCCAGUGGAGUACAGAUUUUCUUUGUAACUCCUGCAGGGGAAGUUAGUGCACCUUCAUAUCCUGGAUAUCUUCGAAUUGUGAAAUUCUUGGACACUACCAGUGAAGCGGCUCGAAAUCGGCCCCCUGGAUUUCUUCAGGUUUGUGAUUGGCUGUAUCCUCUGAUGCCUAAUCAGUCUCCUGUACUGAGUUGCAGUAGUGGAGUCUAUAUGUUCCCAGAUGCAACAUUACAAAUGUCAGGAUCCUGUGUAGGUGUAGUCUUAUCUUCUGAACUUCCUGAAGAAGAUCGAGAGCUCUUUGAAGAUCUAUUGAAACAAAUGUCUGACCUUCGAAUCCAGGCCAGCGGGAACAGGGAAAACAGAGAAGAAGUACAAAUUCCUGGAGGAGUGAGAAUACCAUUUGUUCAGUUGAAGGAACAGCCUAGCAAGAAUUUGAGGAAAUUGGUCCCUUCUGACCAGGGCAUUAAGGAUGGUGAUCGGAAAGAAGGAAGUGGGACAAAAGCUGCGGGUACUUCAAGUGAAGAAAUUAAUCUGAGUCAGGUUGUACCCUUCCAACCAAUUCCUGAAGAAAAUGUGAGAGUGUUACCUGAGUGGAGUGAGAAAGUAUCUCAGAAUAUUUUAUCAGGUGCAUCCUGGCUGAGUUGGGGUUUGGUUAAAGGAGCUGAACUUACUGGAAAGGUAAUCCAAAAAGGAGCCUCCAAACUUCGUGAACAUAUUGAGCCUGAAGAAAAGCCACUGGAAGUUAGUCCAGCUGUGUCCAAGGGACUUCAUAUAGCAAAGCAGGCCACAGGAGGAGCAGUGAAAGUCAGUCAGUUCCUGGUGGAAGGAGUAUGUUCCAUAGCAAACUGUGUUGGAAGAGAAUUAGCCCCACAUGUCAAGAAGCAUGGAGGCAAACUUGUUCCAGAAUCUCUUAAAAAAGACAAAGAUGGGAAAUCCCCUUUGGAAGGUGCCAUGGUUGUAGCAGCAAGUAGCCUUCAAGGGUUUUCAACUGUAUGGCAAGGAAUGGAAUGUGCAGCUAAAUGCAUAGUUAAAAAAGUUACUUCAGAAACUGUACAUACAGUUCAACACAAAUAUGGGGCUGAUGCUGGUCAUGCUACAGAUAAUGCAAUGAAUUCUGCCAUCAAUGUUGGUGUCACUGCAUUUAAUAUUGACAACAUUGGUAUCAAAGCUGUGGUGACAAGAACAGCAAAGCAAACUGGAAAAGCCAUCUUGGAGGAAUAUAAAGUAAUUGACAAGUCAGAGAAGAAAGAUGAAAAAGAAACUAAUAUUAAGACAGUCAAGAAGGAAGACAAAUUGGGGAAGAAAGGUAAAUGAUACCAGUACUAUGGAUUAACUCCACUAAAGCCUUACUGAAUGGAUAUAAUGUCAGUAUUUAAGCAAAAAUGUAAUAUUUCUCUCCUAUAAAUUAACCUAUAUCAUAAAAAUCUAACUAUUUCUAAAAGUAUUUUUCAUAAGAUUUAAGGUAUGUAUAGUCUCCUUAUAACAAAAGUAAUAGUGUUUUUCUUUCUCACCUAUAGAAAGAUUAUCAAAAAGGUUGGAUAAAGUUUUGUUUUAUGUACUUAAAAUAUUCUUUCAAUUGUAAAGCUGAGAUUUUUGAAAACUACCUUCAAUCUAAUUUUAAAUUUUGUAACUGAUCUAUUUUAGAAAACACAGUAGUAAAUUAGAUGUCUAUGCAUGGUUUGGAGUAUAGUAAACUAAACUAAUUCAAUUUGUAAUCAGAAGGACUAACCAAGUCAGUUGCCUCCUGAUUAUUUUGCACUAUUUAUUUGUAAAUUUCUCUUCUAAAUUUUCAGUGGCUAAGCCAAAAUCUGAAGUACCUUAAUAGAAUUAGUACUAAAAAAAUCAAAUUGUCAGGUAGCAUUUUCUAAGACUUUUUAUUUUUCUGACAAUGGAAAUAACUAAUUAUUGAAAUAAGCAAGGUUCCAUGAAACUAGUUGUCAGGCUACAAGCUAUAUCUUUUAUAGAAACUGGUAUUGUCUCAGUGGUUGAAAAUGGUUAUAAAAUGUAUUUAUUUUUAAAACAUUUUGUGUUUUAAAAAUGGAUAGCUGAUCAGGCGUUCAAGAAAAUUAUUGACAAUUUGAAAUGUUUGCUUAUUUAUUGAAACUUAUAUUCAUUUAACUAUUAACCACUUGCACUUUGAUAGCUCCAUUUUAACCUUUCUUUCCUUUUGUUUUCUGGAAAUUUAAUUGUACAACAGCAGUAGAAUUGGUUAAAACACUGGUUUUUAGGCAUUGUUACUACUGAAAUUUAAAUCUCUUAAAUGUCUAACUCAUUAUUUAGAAUACAUGUUAUUAGAAAUUGUCAUCUUCCUGCUCAGAAUAAUGGAAUUUAAAGCAUAAAUAAUUUAGUUUCUUUUAUGUCAGAUUGUAAUUAAUAAUAUUGGGUUAAUAUCCAUUGCCUUUUAAGAUCUUUAGGUUAUAAAAUAUAUAGUUAUAGAAUAUUUGAUAAUUAGCUGCUAAUUUUCAAAGGUUGUCACUGAUUUUCACAAUUACAUUCCAUUAGAAUCUUGACAUAACCUGUGAUACAAGUAAAAUGACUUGAAACUACUUUGAUUAUUAAGCUUCACUUGAAACUGUCCAAAGAUUAUACUUUAUGAAUGAAUAAUAUUCUCUGAUUGUAGAUAAAUGAAACACACAUCUUAUCCUCAAACACAUUAACAAUGCUGUAUGUGUUUAGAGUCUGAGACUGUGUUGGUGAUGUGAUGGUUUUAUAUAAGGCUUAUCACUGCUACAAUAAAUGGUAUGAUAGCAGGUUGUUAAUAUGAAAAUUAUACUCAAGUGGCAUUUUUGUGUAUCAUUGAAAUUAAUUAAUUUGAAAAUAAAAUUAAAGUGACUUUUG